AUUCCAUCCCCCCUUCCGCAACAUGCUCUGGUCCUUGCCCAGAGCCUCCUGCCUGGCCCCAAGCUCCAUGGUCCUAAAGCCCCCUUCCUCCAGAGCCUCUUCACCCCCUUAUACCUCCUGUUCCCCAGAGUUCAAAUGCCCCUUUUCUCAGACUCCCCUACCCAGAGCUGCUUCUUCACCACAUAUACCCUGUCUCAGUCCCUGGAGACCCCCCCACUUCCAGUACAUGUUCUCUGCAUCAGUGCCCCCCCCCCCCACCACAACUUAUCACAUCCUGCCCAGAGUCACCUCCCCACCGCCUACCCCUUUUCUCUUCUCCCUUCCCCAGUCCCAAACUGCCCACAUAUGACAUGGUUUCCAUAUGAUGCUGGCUCCCAAAUUUUGACCCUUUUACACCUAACUAGUAUAAAUCCGUGUAUUGCAGCUGGCCUUGAUAGUGGGGUCCCAGCAUGCAGUACUCCUUCUUGAUCCAAGUAGUGUCUACUCAGACCAAGAUGGUACAUCUCAUGUUGGCACCUGUUGUCUUUAUUUAAGCUGAGAUACGGGUCUACUUUCUUUCCAGAAUGUUCGGGGGGCAUGGAGACAUAGAAGCGUAUGAUGAUGACCUUUAUCGUGAGGAGUCAUCCAGCGAACUAAGUGUUGACAGUGAGGUAGAAUUUCAUCUCUAUAGCCAGGUCCAUUAUGCACAGAGUCUUGGAGAAGUCAAUGGGCAGGAAGAGAAUGAGGAGGUAGUGGACUCUGCAGAGAAGACGGAAGGUCAGAGUUCAGUUUUGAUCAAUAAAUUGGAUCAGGGCAAGAACCAUAUAUUUUCGGACAAUGAUGUUAUUCAGAUUUCAGAUGGCCCUGAGGUCAUCAUCUUGUCUGACACACCUGAUGAAGACAGUGUUUACAAAAGCAAAGUGAAGAAGACAGCAACCUCCCUAACACCAGCUAAACAAUACAGUCAACUCGGAUGCUCCACACGGAACCCUGCUAGAGCUUCUGCACCUACUACCUUGGAUUCUGAUGGAAAAAAUUCAAGUAAAGAGAAAAGGGCUAAUAAGUCUAAACCAACUUCUGCUGGUAGAGUACGCAUGAUCCAAGAGAUUCUGGUAAUAGAGGAUAGUUCAAAUGAGGAGGAAGAAGAGGAGAGCACAAUCUCUGAAAGUGAUAAUGUGGAGAGCUGGAUGCUGUUGGGAUGUGAUGCAGAUGUCAGAGAUGAAAAUAUCAUUUUGAACCUUGAAGGCUGUGGAACUGCUGUCAGUGAAGGAGAAGAUGGAGUGGACUGGUCCAUCAGUGAUAAAGACCUAGAGGCACAAAUUGGUAAUUAUGCACCCCUGAGACGCACCAACAGAUACUAUGCAACAGACAAAAAUGUUACUUGUAGAAAUUGUGAUAAACGGGGUCAUUUGUCCAAAAACUGUCCUACUCCAAAGAAAAUUCCCCCUUGUUGCCUGUGUGCAGAGAGAGAUCACCUACAAAAUACCUGCCCAGCACGGUUUUGUUUAAACUGCUGUUUGCCUGGACACUACUCUAGGGAGUGCCUUGAGAGAGCUUAUUGGCGUAAACAUUGUAACCGCUGUGAUAUGAAAGGCCAUUAUGCUGACGCUUGCCCAGAAAUAUGGAGGCAGUAUCACCUAACAACCAGACCAGGAUCAAUCAAGAGGUCCAGUUCGUAUUCUGAGCAUUCUGCAUUGGUGUACUGCUACAACUGCUCCCAGAAAGGACAUUAUGGAUAUGAGUGCUCAGAGAAGCGGAUGUACAAUGGGGCAUUCCCUUCUUCCCCAUUCAUCUACUACUAUGAUGAUGAGUAUGACAUCAAGAGGAGAGCUCAGAGGGCAAAGAGAAAGGUUGAAGAACUUCAAGAAGCCGGCCUUUUGCCAGUGCAGUUCAAGAGACUGCGGAAGGAGGAAGAGCGUAGGGGACAGUGUCAUAAGAAAAAGAAAAACCUUUGGAAAGAGCAUGUAAAGAGUCCUAAAGAAGAAAAGCGCCACAAAAAGGCCAAUAAGAAGUCCUGGGCAGAGGAACGCAAAGAGAAGAAACACAAGAAAGAUGUCCAAAGGAAUAACGACCAGGAGGAGGACUUUCCUAGGGGGUGUAGAAUACACUCCCCUAAGGGCAGCAAAAAGCAUCACGGCUCUGCCUUCUGUCCACAUAGCAGGAAAACAAAAAAUGGCCAGGAGCUGCUGGAUGCAGCUAAAAAGAAGAAGAAAAAGAGAAGGCAAAGAAACAAGAAAGACAGUAGUCCCACCAUUGAUGAGAGCUUAUUUCUUAUAAAACAGAGGAAAAAGAAAUCAAAACAGGAAUCCAGCUGCUAAUUUGUCAACAGAAAGCUAUGGUGGGAGGGGGGUGUAACUCACCACCAUUUUGCCAUGGUAUUUUUCUGACCCUGUGCUAAGAUGUAGAAUUUGAAUCCACCUUUGCAUACAGGCAUGGAUGUGUAAAACCAAUACGACAAAGAAAACUGAGCUUGUGACUCUCAGCUUCUUAAAGAGAGUAUUUGCAAAUGGGUAGGAAGUGGUUAAUGUACGCGAGUAAAAUCAUACUGUAUUUUUUGGCAGUCCCUCUUUUUCUGUAAGUCGAUGAAAGGUUGGGAACUUUUUCUUUUUGUUUGGGGUUUUUUUUUGUUUGGAUGAAUGAGGGAAAAGGUCCAUAGUGGGGAGGUUUGGCCUUCUUUCCUUUGAGCGAUUCCUUUUAAGAAUGCUACACCUGUCAAAGUACUGUAGUUAAGCAAAUGUGAUUCCCUUGCAGCCUGACUUUAAAGAGAGGCUUUCACACUGGGGAGACUUGGAGAAGGGGCAGGGAAGGGGAAAGUAAACAGCAAUACAAAAAACAAUCUUUUUGGAGAAGCAUUUUCUUGCUUCUCACCCAGCUGGAGUCUGCAGUGAAAUUGUUGUAUUGUACUUAUGACAUGACAGUCUUCUGCCCUGGAAACUCAUGUGAUGUCACAAAUUCAUCAUAAUCACAGCAUUGCAAGUUUAAGUAUCAGGAGCAGAUGAACUACGAGGAAGCAAAUCCUUGAUUGAAUAACAAAUCUUUUUGCUAACUGGUAAGCAAGAGAAGUUCAUUUAAAAAAUGUUACAAGCAGUUGGGUUGACAUCUGGAAUUAAAUAUGCCAUUGUUUUCCACAGUGUGGAAGUCCUGCUUUUUAAAAGAUAAAAUUAUGUAACCAAGCUAUAGAAUGCAAGCAAUUUACCUGCUUCCAGAAAUAUAAUGCCUAAGUUUAAUGACUUAAUGGGGUUUUUUUUGUUUGUUUGUUUUUUUAAGAAAUGAAGUAUUUUUUGUACUCAAAGAAUUAAAAACUUUGUAAGGAUAAAUACUUUAUCAAAGGAACCAACCAAAUAAAGUUUUAUGUGGGGAUACAUGAAACAA